AAUGAAAUUUCCAGGGAUGAUUUUCGGAAUACGCUCCGAGUACUAGUGGCUACAGAUUGUCACCUUGGCUAUAUGGAGAAGGACGAAAUACGCAGGCAUGAUUCUUUCAAGGCAUUUGAAGAAAUAUGUUCUAUUGCAGAGAAAAAACAGGUUGAUUUCGUGCUGCUUGGUGGCGAUCUUUUCCACGAGAAUAAGCCCUCCCGUUCAACGUUGGUAAAAACCAUUGAAAUUCUGCGCCGUUAUUGUUUAAAUGAUAGACCAGUGCAAUUCCAAGUCGUUAGUGACCAGACUGUAAACUUCAUAAAUUCGUUUGGACAUGUAAACUACGAGGAUCCUCACUUCAAUGUUGGAAUGCCUGUAUUUAGUAUUCAUGGAAACCACGACGAUCCAGCUGGCGUGGACAACCUUUCUGCAGUAGAUAUCCUCUCUGCUUGCAAUCUUGUGAACUAUUUUGGGAAAAUGAAUCUUGGAGGAUCUGGUGUUGGCCAAAUCACAGUCUAUCCUAUCCUUAUGAAGAAGGGUUCGACAACUGUAGCUCUUUAUGGGCUUGGGAAUAUUAGAGAUGAGCGUCUUAAUAGAAUGUUUCAGACACCUCAUGCUGUACAGUGGAUGCGACCUGAAGUUCAAGAUGAAUGCCAAGUGUCAGAUUGGUUUAACAUCCUGGUCCUUCAUCAAAAUAGAGUCAAAACAAAUCCUAAAAAUGCUAUAAGUGAGCAUUUUUUGCCACGUUUCUUAGACUUCGUUGUUUGGGGGCAUGAACAUGAAUGUCUCAUUGAUCCCCAGGAAGUUUCGGGCAUGGGUUUCCAUAUUACUCAACCAGGAUCUUCUGUUGCAACAUCACUGAUUGAUGGAGAAGCAAAACCAAAGCAUGUUUUGCUCUUAGAGAUUAAGGGAAAUCAAUAUCGCCCAACUAAGAUACCUUUAAAUUCAGUGAGGCCAUUCGAGUAUACAGAAGUUGUGCUGAAAGAUGAACAAGAUAUUGAUCCUAAUGAUCAGAAUUCAAUUCUUGAACGUCUGGAUAAAGUGGUCAGAGAGUUAAUAGACAAGCCUAGACAAAAUGUUGGUGAUGGGUCUGAGCCCCAGCUCCCAUUAAUUCGUGUAAAGGUCGAUUACUCUGGCUUCAUGACCAUAAACCCUCAAAGGUUUGGACAGAAGUAUGUGGGCAAGGUUGCAAAUCCCCAAGAUAUUCUAAUCUUUUCAAAGGCAUCCAGAAAAGGCAAUAUAGGAGGUAAAAUAGAUGAUUCAGAAAAGUUUCGUCCAGAAGAGUUGAAUCAACAAAAUAUUGAGGCACUGGUGGCUGAAAGUAAUCUGAAGAUGGAGAUUCUCCCAGUUAAUGAUUUAGAUGUUGCACUGCACAAUUUUGUCAACAAGGAUGAGAAAAUGGCUUUCUUUUCUUGUGUCAAAUACAACUUGGACGAAACUCGUAGCAAAAUUGCACAAGAUUCCGACACACUAAAAUUUGAUGAGGAAGAUAUAAUUCUCAAAGUUGGUGAAUGCUUAGAGGAACGCGUUAAAGGAAGAUGGCACACUAAUGAAGCUCCACUUUUUUCAUCUAGUGUACAGUCCAUGGAGGAUGUCCGAGGCAAAAGUUCAGGAUUUGGAAAUGCAGUUUCUUUUAGCGAUGAUGAGGACACUCCAAUGUUUUCUGGUUCAAAGUCAACCAGAGGCAAGAAAGGGGCAUCAGUACCUUUUAAGUCCUCACGUGAUGUUUCUGAAGUUGUAAAGACCACCACAAGAGGAAGAGGCCGAGGAAGAGGGAGAGGAGGUUCUAGUAGCUUAAAACAGACUACCAUUGAUUCAGCUAUGACGUUCCGUACUUCACAGAGAUCUGCAGCAGCUUCUGGUAAAAAAAGUAUUGCAGAAGAAGAAGAGAAUGUUGAUGAUUCUGCUUCAAGUGAUGACACAGGGAAGAAUGAUCUUCAUGAUGAGGACGACGAGGAGGAGGAAAAUAUUCAAAGUAAAGGACGGAAAAGAGGGCCUCCUAGGGGAAGGGGGAGGGGAAGAGGAACUACACCUUCCAAGCGUGGUAAGAAGUCAGAUAGCACAACAUCAUCGUCAUCUAUCCAAAGAUUACUUAUGGGCAAAGACGACGAUGAUGAUGAGGAUGAAGAUAUGGCAAGGAAAGCAGCAAGCAAAGCUCAACCUCGGGUAACAAGGAAUUACGGUGCCCUGAGAAGGUAAUAUCUUCGUUCUUUCUUUAUUUUUCGACAGUUCUUCUUAAACAUAUGUAAUUUGGAGCAUUAUUUGACGUAGUAGCCUGCCAGUUUAUGUUAUGUAGAAUAGUCUAAGAAACUUUUGUUUUAUUAUUAUUGAUUAUGCUAAGAUUUUAAAGAAAAAACCUACCUGAACCA